CCUCAAUUCUGGAAAAACUGAAUCCAAAACCUCAAACCUAAAAUUCUCAUGGACGCAAAACCCUCCAUCACCACCAGCUCCCCCACCCACCCAAACUCAUAUAUACAUACAAAUAUAUAUGUGUAUGUAUAGCCCGUCUCUUCUCCUUCCUUGAUUAUCUGAUUUAUCUGGACAUUCUCUAUACGAAGUUUAUCAGUUCAUUCGCAUUGCUUUAGCUAUUCCAUCACUCGCAUAUUACAAUCUGCAAUUUCGAGAAACCCCAUUUGUAUUUUGAGUACGUUCUCUGGGAAUUUGGAUUGCACUUGAUUGAUUUUGUGUAUUUCUUAAGAUGAGACUGAAUUAAUUUUCCAACAUUAUUCUUUUGAUUUGGAUGUGAUAGGAGAAUGCAUUUUUUGGUGAUAUACUGAUAAAAGCUGCGAUUUUGGAUGGUGGUUAUGCAUGAAAAUUAGGGCUUUCCUAGAACAUGCUCACUCUGCGACUAAUUCGCAGGUUUGGCGCCGUACACCGUAUUCUCGCCGCCGCAGCUUUUUCUUCAUUCGUUGGAAAAAUUAGUCCUGUUAGCAGUAGAGCUGGAAAACCUAGUUCAGUAGAUGAGCCUGCAUUGGUUAAACUAAAGAAGGAAAGGGACCCUGAGAAGUUAUUCAAUUUGUUUAAGGCUAAUGCCACAAAUAAGGUUGUUGUUGAGAACCGAUUCAUCUUUGAGGACACGGUCUCUAGGUUAGCUGGGGCAGGCCGGCUUGAUUAUAUUGAGAUCUUGCUUGAGCAUCAGAAGACUCUGCCACAGGGUCGUCGGGAAGGGUUCAUUAUACGAAUAAUAAUGUUGUAUGGGAGGGCUAGAAUGACUAAGCAUGCUGUCAAUACGUUUUGUGAUAUGCAUUUGUUUGGUUGUGUGCGGACCGUAAAGUCAUUCAAUGCUGCUUUGAAGGUAUUGACCGACUCUCGUGAUUUACAGGCGAUUGAUUGGUUUCUAAAUGAUGUUCCUGGUAGAUUUGGAAUUGUGCUAGAUACAUAUUCUUUUAAUAUUGUUAUCAAGGGUUUCUGUGAGAUGGGUAUACUGGAUAAGGCGUUUCUUGUCAUGGCUGGGAUGGGAACAUGGGGAAUAGCUCCUGAUGUUUUCACGUACACCUCACUUAUAGAGGCCUGUUACAAGUCGAACUGGCCAGAGAUUGCAAAUGGGUUGUGGAGCCGGAUGGUAUUAAAAGGUUGUCUUCCCAAUAUUGCAACCUUCAAUGUGAGGAUUCAGUUCUUGGUAAAUAAGGGGCGGACAUGGGACGCUAAUAAGCUGUUGGAUUUCAUGCGGAGAUUGAAGAAAUCUCCUGAGUUUCCUGAUGAGAUCACAUAUAAUUUGGUGAUCAAAGGUUUCUGCAAAAUGGGAAAUCUAAAAAUGGCUAUGUAUGUGUAUUCUGCUUUUAGGAGUGAGGGCUACAAGCCAAAUCAAAAAAUCUACCAAACCUUGAUCCAUUAUUUCUGUGAAGCAAGAGAAUUCGACAUGGCAUACAACAUGUGUAAACAAAGUAUGGAGAACAACUGGUAUCCUAGUGUGGGUACCAUUAACAAUCUGAUAGAAGGCCUGGUCAGAGAUGGAAAACUCGAUAAGCUUGAUAAGGCAAAACAUAUUUAUAGUCUUUCUUUGAAAAGGAAGCCUCCUUUUAAUCCGGCUCAAAUUGAACUCAUGAAAUCCAUAGUAUCAAGGAAAUGAACUAAUUUGUUGGACGGGUCAGCCGUUUCACUGGGAGAUAAUUUAAUUGAUUGGUUAUGGAGCAAGGUUGAUUUUAGCCUUGCCUUUGAAAUACUACCUUUGAUGACUGCAUGGAAUUUCUUCAGUCCAUUCUGGUUGUGCCCAAAUGAGUUCUUAGUGAGAUGAAAACUCUAAGAGGACAGCUCACUAAGUUGUUUGAGGUGAUUGCCGGAUGCAGCCAGUGAAUCCCGUUUGAUUAUGAUGAAGCUCUAACAGUUGGUAAAUUGAAGGGCUGCACUAAUUUUUUUAAUUCCGCUGAUUGCUGCAUACUAUAGUUCAGAAGAAUAUACAGGAACAAGUUAAAGUGGAUUGCCAAAGUGAGCAUGGAGGAGUUACAAAACAGGGUGCUGAUUUGUUGUGUAUUCACAUCCUAUUUAUAUGCCUUAAUUCUACGAGAUACACUGACAGCACUAGUCUUACGAGUUAGGUUGUGUUAGUUCCUCCGUUUGCUCCUUGCAACUCCCUCCUGCUGAUAUUCCUUGUUGAAUUCUAAUGCACACUUGACAAACUUAGUAAGCAAAAAAUUGUGUAACAUGAUGGAAUUCAUGUUUGAGUUCUUGUUCAAUAAACCUCUAAUUUAGCUUGCUAAAGAAGCUCACAUCUUCAUUUUGGUGUUAAUAUUUGGGACAUAGUAUUAGUAUGUUAUUUGAUCUUGAGUAAUUGUGAGACAUAGUAUUAGCAUGUUAUUUGAUCAUGAGUAAUUGUGAGACAAACAUACUAUUUGAUAGAAUGACCUGGAAUUUCUGAAUGCAACUUUUUAUUUGUGUAGUCUAUGAGACUCUAUACAAGGGAUGUAAAAAUGAAUCUUAGUCCAUACAUAUAAUAAAAACUUGUAGAAGCAAAGAAUUGCUUUGAGGUUUUUGUCUUUUGUAACCACACGAAGAUAAGGUCACCGAUCAUGUUCUGGUUUGGGAUCAUAAUGGAUGGUGCAACUAGCAUUUGGUUGGAAGUGAACUCUUAUUAUCUUCAAAUUUAUUUGUAACUGUUCCAUUAGUAUUUGAGCUCAAUCAGUCUAAAGUAAGUGAUUAUAGAAUUUUAUUCUAGUUAGGAAGUUCAGCUGCUGUUAGGCAUGACUAUGAGUUCUUUUUGCCUGUUUUGUGAACAGAGAAAGGCCAGCUGCCUAUUCCCGUACCACGAGUUCGACUUAAACUUGUUUCAUGCCAGUUGUGUUUGCAUAAUGAUGAAACUAGACUACUAUGAUAAGAUGUAGUGCUAUGUUGAUUUCCUUGCAUAGUUGGCAUCUUGAUGCUGAUUAGAGAUGUUUGCUUGUAAUGACUUGUACUUGUAUUAAUUAUAACCAGUAACCACCAU